UUCUUUUUUGCCUUUUUUUUUUGUAGCUACAUCGAAUGGACUCAUUGCUUUACCUUCUGGUGUAUCCUCAACGGCCAUUAUUGACAACAAAGACCAUUGAGUUGGUGGGCUAUGAUAAACUUGGAGCUGGGCAGAAUGCAACUGUUGCUGUGAUGAGUUAUAGUGGCUACGACAUAGAAGACGCAAUAGUCAUGAACAAGGCAUCUUUGGAUCGUGGUUUUGGUCGUUGUAUUCAUAUGAAAAGGUAUUGCGCGGUGAAUCAAAAAUAUGAUAAUAACACACAAGACAGAAUUCUGAGGCCCAAUAGAGAUGGUACUGAUUCUGGACCGAUGCGGGUGCUGGAUGAUGACGGACUUGCUGCACCUGGGGAAAUUAUUAGACGAAAUGACAUCUUAAUAAAUAAACAGGUCCCUGUUGUCACAAGGGGGCAAUUUAAAUCAGCAUUAAAUGAUAGUGAGUUUAAGUCUGUUCCACAAAGAUAUGAUGGGCCUCAAGGGGAAUCAUGUGUGGUCGAUAAAGUGGCUCUUUGUUCUGAUAAACAUAAUAACUUAUGUUUCAAAUUCUUAAUUCGUCAUACUCGCAGACCAGAGGUUGGUGAUAAGUUUAGUAGCAGACAUGGACAGAAGGGUGUUUGUGGUACCAUUGUCCAGCAGGAAGAUUUCCCGUUUUCUGAGCGUGGCAUUUGCCCUGAUUUAAUUAUGAAUCCUCAUGGGUUUCCAAGUCGAAUGACUGUAGGCAAGAUGAUAGAGCUUCUUGGGGGCAAAGCAGGAGUGUCAUGUGGCAGGUUUCACUAUGGCAGUGCGUUUGGUGAACCAGGUGGUCAUGCUGACAAGGUUGAAGCUAUAAGUGAAACCCUCGUGAGGAUGGGCUUUAGCUACGACGGCAAGGACUUUAUAUACUCAGGUAUCACAGGUUGCCCAUUACAGGCAUAUAUAUUCAUGGGACCAAUUUACUACCAGAAGUUAAAACAUAUGGUCCUAGAUAAAAUGCAUGCACGAGGAAGUGGUCCCCGAGUCAGUCUAACUAGACAACCCACUGAGGGAAAAGCCCGAAAUGGAGGACUACGAGUGGGAGAAAUGGAGCGUGAUUGUUUGAUUGCUUAUGGUGCUAGUAUGUUGCUUUAUGAACGCCUAAUGAUCUCUAGUGAUCCUUUUGAAGUUCAGGUUUGCAGAGUUUGUGGUUUAUUGGGCUAUUACAACCAUAAGCUGAAAACUGGAAUUUGUUCCUCAUGUAAAAAUGGGGAUAAUAUUUCCACCAUGAAGCUUCCCUAUGCUUGCAAGCUCUUGAUUCAGGAACUUCAAUCGAUGAACAUUGUUCCUCGGUUAAAACUAGCUGAGGCAUGAAGUAAGGCUUUUCUUGA